AGUUGCUGUUUGGCAUCGAAAGACAGAGGUUGUAAUGUUUGUAUCAGAAGAGCAAUCUUCAUUUUAUUUUCUUAAAACGUGACAAAAUCUGGCAGCAUCGUGUACAUCGCCGUAAACUCAGGAGCGCUAGUCUUAAAUCGAAGAACAGUUUUUGCAAGUUCAGCUUUUCCGGCAUUUUUGUAUACAUAUCGUUUUGAUAAACAAUUAAAUCUGUUUAUAAUAGCAAUUUUAAUUCUACACUCUAAGAAACACCUCAUUCGUGUGCCUAAAUUUUUUAGGUUAUUACAUUGCCAUUUUUGGGAAAACUCAACUUAAGUGCGAUGCGUGUCCUCGACUUUGCUGACGGAUCUGUACCCAUUUGCUUGGAAUAUCCAGAUGGACGCGUUUUUCGGAAAUGUUCCAGCUACGGGGAUCGAGUUCCGGGCUUGAACUGGGUCGAGUUUACCUUGUAUCAUGAUGGCGGUUUGGAAUUCAUGGAGGAUCGACGCCAGAUAUUGCUGGAGGCUAUCUAUGAGGUCGUCGAUGGCGCCAAUUUCUUCCCCGUCUACUAUCAGCUCGGUGGCCGCGUGGACACAUUCCUGGCCAGGGACUGCAAGAAGGCCCUUGACAGGCUCUUUCUCCAGAAGUUGACCAUUAACCUGGGCCAUGGCAUUUCCAUCGGGAUCGGCGUACAGAUGGGAGUGGCCCGGUACAUAACAAAUCAAAUAACACCCACGUACAUCAUUGCCGAGAAGCUGUCGGAGCUGAUCAAGCGGCUGGUGAAACGUGACGGCGUGGGUGGACUUCUCAAUCUGGAGUCAUUCGGCAGCCAUCCCGAAUUCAGGAACAUCGUUGUCAGCCUGGCCAAUCCAUCCAUUUUUACGACCGUGUGCCAGGUGAUACGCAACGACCCGGAUAGCUAUCGUGUGCGCGGGUAUAUUCUUUCCAAAAACCGGAUCAGGUGCCUCAAGCCACUAAGUCUGUUUGCGAAUAAUCCUUCGAUUGAAUUGCUCGAUUUGAGCGAAAACAGGAUUGCAUCCGCGGAACGUUUCUGCAAUGAAAUGGCUCAUUUUCAGGCUAAGGAACUCUUAUUGACCAAAAACCCCAUCGAAAAAAAUUCAAAAUUCCCAGAAAACAUCAAGGCGCUCGAAAAGAACUUUACUUUGGUGAACGGGGUUGCCUUUGACAAACUGCACAGGGACUAUUGCCCGCUGGAUAACGACAUUGAUCUGGAAGCUGACGGUACACGCAUUGACGGGAGCAACAUAUGGAAGUUGAUGGAGUUUAAGGACAGCAAGGACUGGCACGCCUUGUGCGUUUCAGACCCCUUCCAUGAGUACCAAAAGGAUGCACUCUUUGACUUUGUUUUCAUUAGCGUGGACGCUAAUCUAAGCGAGUUUUAUCCUUGCUACUAUAAGUACAUCCGACGUGAGCACGUCUUCCUCGUUCGGAAUUGCUUUGACCAGAUUGUCCAUCUGACUAACAUCCGGGGGAUGAAAAUAGUGGUGCCACCGAUGUUGGAUCUUGGGGAGCGCCUACUUAACUUCUACUUGCGCAUGAAUGUGAGCGUUUUCAAGGACCACCACUUGGAGCCACACAAGUGCAUCGUGAAAGCUGUGAAAGAGAGUUAUCCCGCUCAAAACCGUCUGCUUGACCUCUCCCAGUUCCAGGCUAACAAAAAUCUGGAGAACGUAGUGGUGCAUAUGAGCUCCCCAAAGGUCCUGACCAGUGUACUCUUGGUUGCCUCCAAGCAGUUCAUGGAGAACUGUUCGGAGAUUCGACUGUGCAACAACAAGAUUAUUCAGGUAUAUCAAGUCAACUUCUUGACCCGAAUGGGCAACUUACGGGCUCUCGACCUGAGGCACAACUGGCUGCACGACCUAUCACUGAUCCAGCCUCUUGAAGUCCUGCCCCUGAAGUCACUUUUGCUUCACGGAAAUCCUCUCUGCCGCAACUAUGCAAUGGCCAGCGAGUACGUCAGGGCAGUGAAGGAAAUAUUUCCCCAAUUAACGACUCUAGAUGGUGUUGAGCUUCAGGCCAAUCCCGGCCAGACCCCGCAGAAAAACUUUCUCUGUUAUAUCGGCGCUUAUGAGUUAGUGGGUGAUGUCUUCCUCAGCAACUAUCUGCGGGAGUUUGAGAAGGCGCGCGAAUCCCUCCUUAAGUAUUACUCGGAUGACUCCAUUUUCACCAUGACCUGCAGUUACCGGAUUGUGCAAAAUCAGCGUACUGGAGCAACUGGACAGCUCCUUCGUCGUUUGUCUCAGUACAAUUCCAAUGCCAGGAACCUCCACCAAUUGGAUAACUCGAAGGCGACCAACUUUGUAUUCGUGGGCGGCAUGGAGAUUGUGGAGCUCCUGUUGAAGCUGCCCAAAGUUACACACGACUUCCAUUCCCUGCAGACGGACGUAAUGCAUUACGAUGGUAAGUCGGCGAUUAUCUAUGUGACUGGGUUGUUGCGGGACGAGGCUGCCGGUAGUUUCAGAGGCGAUGAUCUGUUCUUGGCAUUUAGCAGACAGUUUGUGGUCAAGCUCGAAGAUGAUGGACUGGGACUUGGUAAAAGUGCUCGACGUCUAAAGAUUACCAAUGAGCGAUUCAAUAUAAUGAAUCCCUCCAAGACCAUGGUCAGGAACGCCUUUAAAGUCUCCCAUUUAACGCACGAUAAGAUUUUGGACCACAAGAGUGAGCUGGAUGUAAAGGACCAUAAAUUACUUCUAUUUCAGGAGGUAACUGGCCUCAUUUCCACCUGGUGUACAUCGAUUGUGGAGGCAGCCGAGUGGGACUUCGAGGAAGCCCUUAAGUUGUUCCUGAAAAAGAAUGAAGCUAACGAGAUUCCAGAUAUAGCCUUUUCCUAGACAUAAGGACCAAAACAGGAAACAUAGUGCCUACAAAAAUAAUAAUUAUGGACGAAUAUUAGGAAACACCUUCAUAGGAUCAUAGGAUGUAAUAAUUUCCAGCGAUUUUCCAUCAUUUUAAAAUAUUUCUUAGAUGGCCGAAAACAUUUAUUUGAUAAUUACGAUUAAAUAGUGCGUGGAGAGAAGUUCAUCCCUCGCACUUUUCGAAAGUACACAUAUUUACCAUUUUAAAGUUAAUUCAUAUAUCUUUGUGGCUUUUUUUUAGUCUUUAGCUGCGAAGAAAACACUAAAAUUAAGAAGGGGAAUCGGGCAGUGGAAAAUAAACAUUGAUAAAAUGCCAUCGCUUAGAUAUUUAAAUAUUUCUGGUAGACUAGAAAAUGUUCCUAAAUACAUUUAGCAUAUGUAUGUUGUAUUAUAUGUAUAAUGUAUUAUUAAACGCACAGUUCUAGACCCUUACACGAUAAAUUACAAAAAGAGGAAAAGUCCGACUAAGCUCUAAAAAUUCACAUAUAUAUGUGGGAUUAAUGCAUUUAGCGAGUGUUAAUGGAUCAUGCAUAUUUACGUAUGACUUUGUAAUGAUUGGGAUAUUGAAAAAAUUCGAGCGUUUUCAUGCAAUUCAUGUCUUUGUUUUUAAUUUCAUAACAUAAUUUUUUAAAACAAACUAAAAUGCCAAAAAAUGAACGAAUCUAAUUUUUUUUCUUCCAAGUUAUGAGCGCAUUAAUAUCAGUUAAGUCUGUCCGUUGUUGUAUCCGCGGCAUGUUGGUGCAUUUCUUUUUGUGUGUGUUUAUGUGUGUAUUUACGGGUAAUUACAAUGGUUAAUUUAAUAUUUAUAUUUAGAUUGACAAGUGGCAGGCGCCUUAAUUUUCGCUGACUUCUUGACUUGGAACAAACAAUUACGAAAUUGGCGCUCAUGAUGGUGAUUGGAUCUUCGGUUACUUUUCUGUUUUCCUUUCCUUUUUUUGUUUUUUUUUUUGUUUUGUUUGUGUGACGACAGUGGUUGCUGCUGUUUCCAGUCGCCAGUUCAUUCAUUGGGUUAGGUCGAUCCGAUUUAGUUUGGUUCGCCAGCCUCCC